CGGACAACCCAGCUUAUGAUGGCUUCCGAGCACCAAAUGCCAGCCUCCAAGCAGCAGCAAGGCAGCUCCAAGAUCGCGAUCUUCGAGCAGGAGAACUUCCAGGGCCGCUGCCAUGAGCUCAGCGGCGCCUGCCCCAACCUGAAGGAAGCCGGCGUGGACAAAGUGGGCUCCAUCCUCGUGCACUCCGGACCCUGGGUGGGCUACGAGCAGGCAGGCUGCAAGGGGGAGCAGUUUGUGUUUGAGAAGGGGGAGUACCCGCGCUGGGACUCCUGGACCAACAGCCGGAGAAGCGACAGCAUCACUUCCCUGCGCCCCAUCAAAGUGGACAGCCAGGAGCACAAGAUCGUGCUGUAUGAGAACCCCAGCUUCACCGGCAAGAAGAUCGAGAUCAUAGACGACGACGUGCCCAGCUUCCAUGCACAUGGAUACCAGGAGAAGGUCUCAUCCGUGCGGGUGCAGAGCGGCACGUGGGUGGGAUACCAGUACCCCGGCUACAGAGGCUACCAGUACCUGUUUGAGAAGGGGGACUACAAGGACAGCUCAGAUUUCGGGGCUCAGCACCCCCAGAUCCAGUCGGUCAGGCGCAUCCGGGACAUGCAGUGGCACCAGCGCGGCGCCUACCACCCCACCAACUGAAGCCACCAGCGCAUGCCAGGGCCUGGGGACCAGAACAAGCUCUCCCCUGGCCACCAAUGUCCCCCCAUGGCCUCGCCUCCCACCUCCCUCGUGUGAUGCCCAGCGCUGCUGAAGCAACUGAA